GCCGGCGGGAUGCGGAGCGCGGCGGGUCGGGACCGGGGCCGGGCUGCGGGGCCGGCGCUGCUGGGGCUGCUGCUGGCGCUGGCGCUGCGGUCCGGCGGGGCCGCCCAGGCCGGCGCGGGGCCGGUGACCUGCGGGUCGGUGCUGAAGCUGCUCAACACGCAGCACCGGGUGCGGCUGCACUCGCACGACAUCAAAUACGGAUCCGGCAGCGGGCAACAGUCGGUGACGGGCGUGGAGGCGUCGGACGACGUCAAUAGCUACUGGCGGAUCCGUGGCGGCCCGGAGGGCGGGUGCCCGCGCGGGGUCCCGGUGCGCUGCGGGCAGGCGGUGCGGCUCACACACGUGCUCACCGGCAAGAACCUGCACACGCACCACUUUCGGUCGCCACUGUCUGACAACCAGGAGGUGAGCGCCUUCGGGGAAGACGGCGAGGGUGACGACCUGGACUUGUGGACGGUGCGCUGCUCGGGCCAGCACUGGGAGCGAGGGGCCGCCGUGCGCUUCCAGCACGUGGGCACCUCCGUGUUCCUGUCUGUCACCGGGGAGCAGUAUGGGAGCCCCAUCCGGGGGCAGCACGAGGUGCAUGGCAUGACCAGCGCCAACACACACAACAUGUGGAAGGCCAUGGAGGGGAUCUUCAUCAAGCCCAGCGUGGAGCCCUCCGUGGGUCACGACGAACUCUGACCACCUGGAUGGGUGGAUGAGGGCGGGCAGGGUCCCGCGGGGCCACGCUUGGUGGGGACUUUGGGUAUGGGGGGGAUCCGCAAGUGCCUUUGUGAUUAAAGAACGUUCUUCUGUG